AUGGCAGAUCGUAAUUACAACUUGACGCAGAACGACACCACCUUAGAGGGACUAGCAGAACGGUGGCAGGCAUAUCAGGCCUGGUGGGCAAAGCAAUAUAAGGAGCAACCAUUCUAUCGUCUUUGGACUCGUUCAAAAUGGAUCCUCUUCUUUUCUGCAGUGCUCCUUCUGGGUUACUCUGCAGCUGCAUUCACAUUCUCGCUUGGAUAUGUGCUUGGACGUUUUGAGCACUCUGCAGUUGUCCUGGAAUUUCAUAAAAACAUUGUCUACAUCACAUUGGCGGGAUCGAGUUUUGGCAUUCUCAGUGCGUUGAUUGGAUUCGUGGGUAUUUUUAGAGAAAACAGGAGGCUGCUGUCAUUGUAUAAUAUCAUGUUGUGGAUUGUCUUCUCGCUCUACAUCUCGGUCGGAUACAUAGCAUUCAGACGCGCCAAGAACCACCUUCGUGCUCGUCUGAGGGACGAAUGGUUGAACGCAUACACACGCGAGCAGCGUCUGCUGGUCCAGCGCAGCUUAAAGUGCUGUGGAUAUCAGAGUCCUACUUGGUAUGGCGAAUACGACAUGCGCUGCUUUCCUAUGAUUAACUUGCCAGGAUGCCAGCACAAGUACAGUGUGUAUGAAGCCGACCUGUUGCACACCUGUUGGACUUUCAGCUUUAUUUUGGCUCCUUUCCAGUUAUUUGUUAUGAUUGCUACACUCUUGUGCUCCAACCAUGUCGAUGGCAUGUUCCGCUCAGGACGACCUGGCUUGAAGAGCUUCAAGGAGCAAUAA